AUGGCAGCCGAUAAGCACCGGCUCCUCUAUCCAAUCUUCCUUUCACUCCUCUCCGUUCCUUUGUGCUCCCGUGCAUCCCCAUGGCAGGUCAUAGGCACAGGCUCAUCCCUGCAAGUAGAUCACGGGGAGAUCUUCCUUGUCUCUCCGGACACAACCUUCUCCUGCGGCUUCUACUCAUCUGGAGAAGGCACCAACGCCUACUACUUCUCCAUCUGGUUCACCCACUCCACCGACAGGACUGUUGUUUGGACAGCGAACCGUGGCUCUCCGGUGAAUGGCCAUGGCUCAAAGAUCUACUUCAACCGUGAAGGAAACCUGCUCCUUACGGAUGUCAAUGGCUCCACAGUGUGGCAGAGCAAGACAAAAUGGGGAAAGCACGCCUCAGUAGCUCUCCUCAACAGUGGUAACCUUGUGGUCAGGGCCUCCACUGAUCAGGUAGUGUGGCAGAGCUUCGAUUCACCCACUGACACAUUGCUUCCUUCACAGCGCCUGACGAGGGAGAUGAGGUUGGCCUCUCAAUCUGGCUAUCAUCGCCUCUAUUUUGACAAUGACAACGUCCUGCGGCUCCUGUACAAUGGGCCAGACAUCACAAGCAUAUACUGGCCAAGCCCGGAUUACAAUGCCCUGCAAAAUGGCCGGACUAGAUUCAACAGCAGUAAGAUAGCAGUUCUGGACAAUGACGGUAUUUUCUGGUCAAGCGAUGGGUUCAGAAUGAUAGCCUCAGAUUUAGGAUUUGGAAUCAAGAGAAGGAUCACCAUCGAUUAUGAUGGCAACCUUAGAAUGUACAGCUUGAAUGCAGCAGGCAACUGGAUUAUCACAGGCGAGGCUUUACUGCAGAUGUGCUAUGUGCAUGGUUUAUGUGGAAAAGGUGGAAUUUGUGAGUAUUCACAGUCUCUCAAAUGCACUUGUCCUCCAGGAUAUAACAUGACUGAUCCAAAGAACUGGAACAAAGGAUGCAGUCCAACAUUCAACACCAACUGUGGGCAACCAAGAGAGGAUUUUACAUUCGUCAAGAUUCCCCAUGGUGACUUUUAUGGCCUUGAUCUGACUUCAAACCAGUCAAUCUCAUUUGAAGAAUGCAUGCGGAUAUGCUUGGACAGCUGCUUGUGCUUAUCUUUCACAUACAAAGCUGGACAAGGCCUAUGUUACACCAAAAAUCAACUCUACAAUGGCCAGGUUUAUCCAUAUUUUCCCGGAGACAGCUACAUCAAACUUCCUAAGAAAAUCACUCCAACAUAUUCAGCCUCCAAUCAUUCCAGUCUUACAUGCAGUCCAAAGAAUACCAAGGUUAUGUUAGUAUCCGAAGAUGAAUACAUGAAAAAUUCUGACAGCAUAAACUGGGCAUACUUCUAUGCAUUUGCUGCUAUAUUAGGAGCAGUUGAGCUGCUUUUCAUCAUGACAGGGUGGUAUUUUCUUUUCAAAAUGCACAACAUACCGAAGUCAAUGGAGGAAGGUUACAAAAUGAUAACAAGCCAAUUCAGGAGAUUUACAUACCGUGAGUUGGUGGAAGCAACGGGUAAAUUUAAAGAAGAGCUAAGAAAAGGCGGCAGUGGUACGGUUUACAGAGGAAUACUUGCAGACAAGAAAAUAGUGGCAAUAAAGAAGCUUACAGAUGUUAGACAAGGCGAAGAGGAAUUCUGGGCAGAAGUAACUUUGAUUGGGAGGAUCAAUCAUUUAAAUUUAGUCAGGAUGUGGGGAUUUUGCUCAGAAGGCAAACACAGGUUAUUAGUGUACGAGUAUGUGGAGAAUGAGUCAUUGGACAAGUACCUUUUUGGUGACAGGCGCACUGAAACAUUGCUAUCAUGGAGCCAAAGAUUCAAGAUUGCCGUGGGAACCGCAAGAGGCCUUGCUUACCUCCAUCAUGAAUGUCUGGAAUGGGUUGUCCAUUGUGAUGUAAAACCAGAAAACAUACUGCUGACCCGAGAUUUUGAAGCAAAGAUAGCAGACUUUGGACUGUCCAAGCUUUCAAAAAGAGACAGUCCUAGCUUCAGUUUCACUCAUAUGAGAGGCACAAUGGGCUACAUGGCACCAGAAUGGGCAUUGAAUUUGCCAAUCAAUGCAAAGGUUGAUGUUUACAGCUAUGGAGUUGUGCUUCUGGAGAUUGUUACUGGGAGUAGGGUUUCAAGUGGGAUAACAAUAGACGAAGAAGAGAUGGACUUCAUGCAGUUUGUUCAGGAAGUCAAACAGAUGCUCGCUAGGGGGGGUAACCUGGAUAUAGUGGAUGCUAGACUCAAAGGGCAUUUCAAUCACGAGCAAGCAACAGUGAUGGUGAAAAUAGCUGUUUCCUGUCUUGAAGAAAGAAGCAAGAGGCCAACAAUGGAUCAAAUUGUAAAAGACCUUAUGGUGUACAAUGAUGAAGAUGAUCACCCUGCAUAUUUUUUAUGA